AGGCUCCUUAGCCGCGCGCCGAGCGGUUGAUCGCCGUAGCUCCCGCAGCCUGCGCUCCCCACUCUGUGGCUCCAUCCGCCAUUGUAGGCCAAUAAUCCGUUAUGGAGCAUGCCUUUACCCCGUUGGAGCCCCUGCUUUCCACUGGCAAUUUGAAGUACUGCCUUGUAAUUCUUAAUCAGCCUUUGGACAACUAUUUUCGUCAUCUUUGGAACAAAGCUCUUUUAAGAGCCUGUGCUGAUGGAGGUGCCAACCGCUUAUAUGAUAUCACCGAAGGAGAGAGAGAAAGCUUUUUGCCUGAAUUCAUCAAUGGAGACUUUGAUUCUAUUAGGCCUGAAGUCAGAGAAUACUACGCUACUAAGGGGUGUGAGCUUAUUUCAACUCCUGAUCAAGAACACACUGACUUUACUAAGUGCCUUAAAGUGCUCCAAAAGAAGAUAGAAGAAAAAGACUUAAAGGUUGAUGUGAUCGUGACACUGGGAGGCCUCGCUGGGCGUUUUGACCAGAUUAUGGCAUCUGUGAAUACCUUGUUCCGAGCGACUCACAUCACUCCUUUUCCAGUUAUAAUAAUCCAAGAGGAAUCACUGAUCUACCUGCUCCAACCAGGAAAACACAGAUUGCAUGUAGACACUGGAAUGGAGGGUAAUUGGUGCGGCCUUAUUCCUGUUGGACAGCCUUGUACACAGGUUACAACCACAGGCCUCAAGUGGAACCUCAAAAAUGAUGUGCUUGCUUUUGGAACAUUGGUCAGUACUUCCAAUACCUAUGAUGGGUCUGGUGUUGUGACUGUGGAAACUGACCACCCACUCCUCUGGACCAUGGCCAUCAAAAACUAACCUGUCGACUGGCAUCCAUAAAUGUGCCUCUGCCUUAUCUCAUUUCUCAACGGUUCAUUGCUCAAUAAGAACGAUUCACCUGGGUUUGCAGGAAUCUAAACCUCUCUAGGGGAAGCCCACUGGGUUUAAAGAUGUUAGUGUUUAAAUAAUACAGGUAACAUAAAUGGCAGAUCUCAAUUUUAUAGUAGUGGGAAAGAUACAUGCUAAGAAAGCAAAUAAGUUCCAUUACAUUUGAUUGGAACUUAAUGGGAAUCAUUCCACUAUACAAUUCAGUACUGAUUAUUCUUCUUAUGUUAUUAAUCAUUCCGUUUAGCCUAGAAAAUUGUUUUUAAUUUGAAGCAGAGAUCAUUGUUGAGGUUCCUCUUGGGAGUCUAGAACAUCCUUAAAUGUCUAACAACAAGGGCUACCUCUGAGUACCUUUUAGUAUUAGUUUUCUGUAUAAGAUAUAUAUUAUCUUCUACUGAAAAAAAAUUCCUUUCAGAUUGGGGUUAUAAGUGCACCAGGUCACUCUGACCUUAUUACUGUCUUUGGCAUUGUCUUUUUUAAAUAAAUCAGGAAUCACUGACCUAAUUGUCAAAUUUAAAAAUAGGUAGUUAUUAUAAGCAAAGAGAAAUGAUGUGAAAGAUUAAUGAUGAUUCAUGGAGCCCUACUCACACAUUAACCCCC